AAACUAAACAUACAUCAAAAGGCUAAAGUUUAAACCCUAGCCCUCAGAUAUAUCAUGGACAAAGUGAUGAGAAUGUCGUCAGAGAAAGGAGAGGUCAUCUUCACGAAGAGCUCAUGUUGUCUCUGCUACGCCGUUCAGAUCCUGUUCCGUGACCUUAGGGUUCAACCAACCAUCCACGAGAUCGACAACGACCCCGACUGCCGUGAGAUCGAGAAGGCUCUCCUCCGACUCGGCUGCUCCACGGCGGUUCCAGCUGUCUUCGUCGGAGGCAAGCUCGUUGGGUCCACCAAUGAAGUCAUGUCCCUUCACCUUAGUGGCUCUCUCGUCCCCUUGAUCAAACCCUAUCAGUCCAUCCUUUACUAGAUAACUACUAAACCAAACUCAAUAAUCUAAUCAUUAGCUAGUGAGAAUAAACACAGUUACAGCCAGAGUGUGAGCUAAAUACACUAGCUAGAUAUUCAAUGAGGACUUCGUCGUCUGAAAUCAUGUUUAUCAUAUAAAUAUGUUCUAUUGUUUAGCUUCUUUCGUGUUUCAGCUUAGUUAAUCAACUGGUGUAUGUUGAUGUAUAACUCUCUGUUUAUGCUAUAAUGAAAAUAGUAUUCAACGUAACAUA